GCAUAUUUCUGGGAGCCUUCCUUUGCGUCAUCUGUGAAAGGACCCAGGAUGUCCAUGCUCGCCGAGCCCCGCAAGAAACAGAAGUGGUCUGUAGACCCUAGGAACAGCGCCUGGAGCAAUGAUGACAACAAAUUUGGCCAGAAAAUGCUGGAGCAAAUGGGCUGGUCCAAGGGCAAAGGACUGGGGAGGAGUGAGCAGGGAUCGACAGAUCACAUAAAAGUAAAAGUUAAGAACAACAAACAUGGCCUUGGAACAAAUGCCAGCCAUGAGGAUAAUUGGAUAGCUCACCAGGAUGAAUUCAAUGAGCUUCUGGCUCAGCUGAACGACCACCAUGGCCAAAACACAAGUAACGAAGUUCCUCCAGAUGAGAUGAAGAGCUUCAGUCUGGAAGAAAAAUCUAAGACUUCUAAAAAGAGGGUUCAUUACACCAAAUUCACAAAAGGCAAGGACUUAUCUUCCCGUAGUGAAACAGAUCUUAACUGCAUCUUUGGGAAGAGGACCAAGUCUACCAAAAACCAAGAACAGGGGAGGAGCAGGAGCGAGUCUCCAGUUGAAUCAGAGGAAAAUGGGACUAACGCUUCUUCUGAACUUGAUACUGAAUCAAUAACCAAGACUGUGACUAGUUCCCUGAGCAUGCAGGAGUAUUUUGCGCAGCGCAUGGCACAGCUGAAGAAGGCUCGUGGCUCUGAAGGUGCAGCAUCUUCUGUCAAAGCAGAGACUACCGAAACAUCAAACCCUGCUGAAGAGAUCAGACCAGUCCAUAGCAACAACAAUGAUGCUGAAGAGCCCAAGAAAAAGAAGAGCAAAAAGGUAGAACAGGAGCUAGUGGACAUAGAAGAGAAGUGCAGUGCCCCCAUUGUACCAGAAGAAAAAGAAAAGGAGAAAGUGUGCUCAAGAAAGAAAAAGAAGAGGAAAACUGCAGAAAUUGUUGAUGAAAAUGAAAACUCUAACUCUGCCAGUGUUUUGGAGAUAAACUGUGAAAAACGAAGUCUCUCAAAGAAGAAAAAAUCUAAACGCAUAGAGAAGCAGCUUAAAAAUGUUCAUGAGAGCGAGGAGGACCACAGUGCAGUAAAGGAAUGUGAAGAGGAACCGGCUACUAAAAAAUCCAAGAAGAAGAAAAGGAAGAGAGAAAAUCAAGAAUAGGGUGGAGUUUAGGUUUUGGUUAAAAGAAACCUUUUACUUCACUUCUAUUCUUGUCUUAAUUCCCACCUUUUUAAAUACAUUUGUAAACAAAUAAAAUCUUUAUUACAUGAACAACAGAUGCCUUAGCAGCUGGCUUACAUGAAAUGAGCUCUUCCUGAUUCUUGUAUCUCCUGAGUCAUUAAAUAAGAUUCAGGGAGUAAAAAAAAAGGUGUUUCAUUAUUUUACUAUUUGCAUGGAUUACUAUUUAUGUACAGAAAACUCCAUAUUCUCCAUGUCGCCCAGUUUAUCACUCGUUUCAAAAACAAAGUGGUAAUCAAAGUGAUACAUGACAUCUGAUGGCAUAAUGGGGCUUUUAAAACGAGUCAUCCUUUGAAAUGUCGCCUUUUUUCUAAAUAAAUAAGGUCACACACA